CGGACCCUCGGAGACUGUGUAAGACAGAAGAAUCAGUCAGUGUCUCCUGAGGCGGUGAAGGCUAACUGGCAGAAGAUUUGUGACUUUGAUAAUGCCAGCAAGCCUCAGAGAAUUCAAGGCUAGAGCUAUUGGCUACAAACUUCCUCCAUUUUCUUCUACUUACACAAAACUGGAAGCUAUUAUGUAUGCCCUUGGAGUGGGAGCAUGGCUCAAGGAACCAGAAAAUUUGAAAUUUAUUUAUGAAGGAAGCUCUGAUUUCUCCUGUUUGCCUACCUUUGGAGUUAUUAUAGCACAGAAAUCCAUCAUGGGUGGAGGAUUAGCAGAGAUUCCUGGGCUUUCAAUCAAUUUUGCAAAGGUUCUUCAUGGGGAGCAGUACUUGGAGUUGUAUAAGCCACUUCCCAGAGAUGGCCAUGACCUUGAGAUCCUUGAAGUCGCUACCAAUCAUCCAGAAUGUUGGAAAGCUGCUGGUUUCUCCACCUCCUAACAGCGGACUCCCUCUGGGACUGGUACGGGAUUCAGCUUCCUGUUCAUGCCCAGAACUGGAAAAUACACUGAGUAAAAUGGUCUGUAAA